AUGCCUUCCACCCUAGCUAUCAUCCUCGUCUCUCUCGGCGCCGUCGCCGCCAAGGACAUUUACGUCUCGCCUACCGGCACCGGCACCGGCACUCUUGCCGCGCCCUACGGAUCCAUCCAGUCCGCCGUCAACGCCGCCGUCGCCGGCGACACCAUUUACCUCCGCGGCGGCACGUACCGGCCCUCGGCCAACAUCCAGUUCAGCAAGAGCGGGACGAGGACGUCGCCCAGCUCGGUCCGCCCGUACCAGAGCGAAAAGGUCAUUAUCGAUGGGGAGAACAUGCCCGGUACACCCAAGGCGGUUGGCGAGUCUUUGCCCAACAGCGAGCGAGGCAUCUUCCACAUCCAAAACGCAAACUACUGGGCCUUUUACAAGCUAGAACUCAUCAACGGCCCCUACGGCAUCUACGCCCGCGACGCCUCCCACAACUACUACGACGGCCUCUCCACGCACGACAACUACGAAACCGGCUUCCAGCUCGAAGGCGCCUCCUCCAACAACACCGUCGCCAACCUCGACUCCUACCGCAACCGCGACCCCGCAAGAACGGCGAGAGCGCCGACGGCUUCGCCUGCAAAGAAGGCUCCGGCGAGGGCAACGUCCUGCGCAACGCCCGCCUCUGGGACAACGGCGACGGCAACGGCUUCAAGCUCGGCAUCACCAAUAACCCCCGCCAACCACGUCGUCCGCAACUGCAUCGCGUUUCAAAACUACAAAAAGGGCUUCAUCGACAACGGCAACCCCGGCGCCCUCGCCAUGGAGCGCAACACUGCGUGGAAGAACGGCGAUACCGGCUACGUCAUGCGCAGCUCUUCCUCUACCCUCAAGAACAACAUCGGCUCCAACAACGUCAACGGCCAGGCCACCCUCGUCUCCACCGUCAAGGCCUCGGGCAACUCGUGGAACCUCGGCGUUACUUGGACCGAUAGCUUGUUCAAGAGCACCGAUUCCUCUACCCUCAAGGGCGCCAGGGGCUCCGACGGACGGGUCGUCCCCAGCGAUUUCCUGGUCCCGGCUUCGGGCCAGGCCAUUGGUGCGACCACGCGGCAGAAGCUCUAA